UGUAGAGACAGCAGGUAAACAUUAUUCAUUAACAUAUGGAUGAAAAAUUAAUCAAGUGAAGGAAAUAUUGACUUUGCAUAUACUGAAUAAUAUUUUGAAAAAAAAAUUACUAAUGAUAAGAAUUUGAUAUAAACAAUAUGACUUCGCGCAACCUAACAGAGGUUUUUGUGAUAAUGCGCAAUAAUGCAUCCAAACACCGAAAUUUGUAUUCUGAAAGCAGAUUGCAAGAUGAUGCCGAGCGUUUAAUUAAUAAUUCAAUACGUGAUGCAGAGGAAGGUUUAGAAAUGAGGGAUGACUAUGGAACACCGCCCGUGUGGAUUGAUAAGCUGGAGGAGGCACAAUACACCUUAUCUAAAAUAAAGCCAAAACUUGAUGAAUUAGGCUCUUUACAUGCAAGACACUUGUUGCAACCCGCAUUCGACGAGAGUUAUGAGGAAGAAAAGGAAAUUGAAGGCCUUAGCCAGGAAAUUUCAAAACUAAUCACAUCCACUCAUCGACAUAUACAAUGUAUUCGAUCAAGUCUCGGUAUAGGAACUAAGAUGGAACAGCGGUUAACAGAAAAUGUGGUUACUUGCUUGCUACUUCAAUUACAAGAAUUAACCUUUAAAUUUCGAAAUAGCCAGAGUAUUUACGUACGACAACUGAAUUCUAGAGAAGAACGCUCUCAAAAAUAUUUUGGAAAUGAUGACUUUACAAAUAUUGACUUGGUUUCGGGAUCUACAGAUGAUCACGAAAAUUAUGUAGAUUCUUUCGAUAAUUUUCUACAACCCGUGUCCUCAGGCCUAAAUAAUAAUAAAUCCACUAAAAAGCAUAGCUAUUUAUAUGAUGAUGAUUCCUCUCAACAAAUAGAUGAAGAUUUUCAACGACCAAUAUCGAACCGAAUGACUAAACAGCAACUUCUGCUUUUUGAAGAAGAAAAUACUCGGUUCGCUAUUAAUCGCGACGAAGAAGUUACCAAAAUUGUAAAAUCCAUUUAUGAUCUCAAUGAUAUAUUUAAAGAUCUUAGUCAAAUGGUACAAGAACAAGGAACUAUAUUGGAUCGUAUUGAUUACAAUGUCGAGCAAACCCAGACGAGAGUAUCUGAAGGUCUUCGGCAAUUACAACGUGCUGAAAUGUAUCAAAGAAAAAAUCGUAAAAUGUGUAUUAUUAUGGUAUUGGCCGCUGUAACUUUAUUCAUGCUUCUACUCCUUAUUUUUACAAAGUUAUAGAUGUGAAAAAUAAAUAUGUGUUAUUAUUUCAAAAUCUCAUCUAUCUAUAUGAUAUAGAGAUUUCAUCAACAUAAUAAGGAAAAUUGUUUCACAUUCGUUCAGAUAGCCGACUAGCCACCGAACGGAGGUUACCGUAUACCUUACUUGGGGGUGAACCAAGAAUAAGAUUGCAAAUCGCUCUCCUUGCUAGCUGAAUAUUUUGAUAACUCCCCAAGAUAUGAAUUUUGCUGUCGGCCAAAACGAUGCGCGUUUUCGUAACAUUUUCAAUUGUGAAUUUUGUGCGUCCUCCUUUACCAGCCAAGCGUCCUAUUGCACGACUCAAGUGA